GUGCUGGAAGAUGCCGAAGCUCAGCAUCUCUUUCAGUCCAUUUUGCCUGACAUGGUGAAGCUCGCGCUCUCUCUGCCUAGCAUUUGCACCCAGCCAAUACCUCUUCUAAAACAAAAAAUGAACCACUCCAUCACAAUGUCGCAGGAGCAGACUGCAAGUUUGCUAGCAAAUGCCUUCUUCUGCACUUUUCCGCGGCGCAAUGCCAAGAUGAAAUCAGAAUAUUCAAGCUAUCCAGAUAUUAACUUCAACAGACUGUUUGAAGGGCGCUCACCAAGAAAGCCUGAGAAACUGAAAACCCUUUUCUGCUACUUCCGAAGAGUCACAGAAAAAAAACCCACUGGACUUGUGACAUUUACCAGACAGUGUUUGCAGGAAUUUCCAGAAUGGGAAAGAUCUCAGAAAAAAAUGCCCAGAUUGCACGUCACCUAUGAAGGGACCAUUGAGAGCAAUGGGCAGGGGAUGCUACAGGUUGACUUUGCUAAUCGCUUUGUUGGAGGUGGUGUCACUGGUGCAGGACUGGUGCAAGAAGAAAUCCGCUUCUUAAUCAAUCCAGAAUUGAUUGUCUCUCGUCUCAUUACGGAAGUCCUGGAUCACAACGAGUGUCUGAUAAUCACAGGGACUGAGCAAUACAGCGAAUAUACUGGCUAUGCAGAAACUUACCAGUGGGCCAGAAGCCAUGAAGAUGAUACGCCCAGGGAUGAAUGGCAGAGACGCUGCACAGAAAUUGUGGCUAUAGAUGCGUUUCAUUUCAGGCGUUUCCUUGAUCAGUUCACUCCAGAGAAAAUUAGAAGAGAGCUGAACAAGGCUUACUGUGGUUUCUCUCGGCCUGGUGUCCCUCCACAUCAUCUUCCAGCGGUUGCGACAGGAAACUGGGGCUGUGGUGCUUUUGGAGGUGAUUCGAGACUGAAAGCCUUAAUACAAAUCUUAGCAGCUGCCGAGGCUGGACGAGAUGUGGUUUAUUUCACUUUUGGAGAUGCUGAGUUGAUGAGAGACAUUUACAACAUGCAUACUUUUCUGAUCGAGAGGGGCCAAGUGGUCGGAGAUGUUUACAAGCUGUUACUUAGAUAUUACAAUGAGGAAUGCAGGUGUUGUUCUACUUCAAGACCGGAAGUCAAGCUCUACUCUUUCAUCUACAAUGUAGUUGAAUCCUACAUAAAUGCUACUGAUGAUGAGAAACUGUGUUUUGAUGAUUAGAAUGAACACCUACAGAAUGAAUGUGCGUUUUCUUUUUCCUAUAAAAUAUCAGUUGAAUUGCUGGAUAUAAUAUAUAGGUUAUCUGAAGACCAAGACCAAUAUUUGAAAAGAAAUGUGUUUUCUUUCUGAAGCAGAAAGUAAACUUGAUCAUAACAUACAGAGCAUAAUACAUUUCUCUUCCCUCCCAAGAAAUCAGGGUUGGCGGUUGACUUACAUUCCUUAUAGGAUUGUCUGAAAAUACAUUUACACAUGCCCGCCUUUUUAUUUUUAUAAUUGUCUCAGUGUGCACAUGCAUUUAUGUAAGGAUGCACACUUGCAUAGUCACACAUUUCCCAUAUGAAUAAAUGAUUUCUUUAUCACACUCUGCAGCAGUAUAAUUUUAUGGAGUGGUUGUGGAGGGGAAAAAAAUGGAAAACAGGUUUUUUUGCAUUACAUAUAAUUCAAGUCAUCCUGAUUUUUUUUUUAAUUUAAGUUUUACUUUUUCAAACACCCUCUUUUUUCUAUAUUAGCAAAAGAUCUGAAAUAGGCAAGUACUGACGAGAUAUACUAAUAAGUCAUCAGAGCUCUACUCUGAAUGGAAAGAGGGUGGGGGACAGAACAGGAGCAGAGGAUGGAAAAGGCAGUGAUUAUUGAGGCUGCAAAAGAGCCAAUAUCGGUUUUAGAAAAGGUAAAGAGACUUUUUGAUAUAUUCUUACAUUUUAAAAUAUAUAGCAAGGGCCAUAUAUUUAUGAAAUAAUUAAACAGUUUUUUAAAUAAAGUUUUAAUUGCACAAAGUUCUUUGAUGGAUUUUGUGAUACUGCUCGGAGGCAGAUAGAGAAAUAUACAUAUAUAUUAUUUAAUGUACGAUAAAAUCCUAGACUGUUACACUUGGGGGGGUUCAUUAUAUAAAAUAAAACCUCUGUACAGCAUGCAUUGGGAAUGGUUGGGAAGGUCAUUAAAGUGAUCUUUGACAAAAUAUAGAUCAGGGCGUAAGUUUCACUGAACGGAAUUGAAGAUGUGUGUUCUUUUAUAGCCUUCUUUUCAGUGAGCUCUCAGAAAAUUUCCUGCUGGGGUAAAAAGAAAGGAAAGGAAAAUGGCAAGAUACUUGUUGCUUACUGUGAAUUUGGCAAGAGAGGACAAAGGAAAUUAUUCGUCGGGAGAUGUAGUGCAAAAUGCAUUGUAACCAGUUCAGAAGUGGUGAUGAUGGUGAUGAUUAUGAGAGGCAAAGCAGCGUUAAGAAGAUUUGGUUGCUUAGUGAUGAAUGGAGCCAGACUGACCAACUUCAGAGUGAAACAGCUCAGGGCGGAGAGGUUAAUAGGAACUGUUUGGCUCCAGCUACUUCCUAAUUGAAGACAACUGCUCAAGACACCAAGCUUGAGAAGAUCAUUCUAGGGCAGGUCAAUACUUUCUCGUCAUGUCUUCUGCCAUUGUUCAGUACUGCCCUUCCCACCAGUAUGGAAUAUGCUAUCCACAGGGAGCUUCUCUUUGCAGUCCUCUGAACAAUGAGAGAGGUGAUGGGCUAGUUGUUCAAUAAACGGGCAAGUGUGGCCAUAACCACUGCUUUUCUCUCUCGGCCAAUCCUUUGGUCACCCAUGACUGUACGAUAAUUUAUGAAAGGUCACCGUAUGCCAUUCAUUCUUUAAACUUGCAGGUUGUGCAGUUUAUUCUUUUCUUUUACUGGAGCAAUGGGGAAUAUUGAUAUGUUAUGUAUUCAUGAUGUCUUUUGGUAAUAAAAAAUAAUAAAAUUGAUGAACA